AUGAGAAUCUCCCAACCUCUUCCAGCCCGUCGACUGGGCAGACAUGGCCCUCUCGUGCCUCGCCUAGGACUCGGACUGAUGGGUGCUAGUGGCGUUUACGGUAGCCCGGCCUCAGAUGAGAAGAGAUUCAAGUUUCUUGACCAGGCAUAUGAAAGGGGAGAGCGAUUCUGGGAUACUGCUGACAAGUAUGGCGAUUCCGAGGAUCUUCUCGGUCAAUGGUUCGCCAUCAACCUGGAGAAGCGACAAGAUAUCAUAUUGGCCACUAAGUUCGGCAUCAAAACCUCCGCCGGUGUUCCUGGGUUCUCUGUUGACUCGACACCUGGGUAUUGCCGACAAGCCAUUGAAAAGUCCCUAGUGCGUCUCGGACUACCAUUCAUCGACAUUUACUAUGUCCAUCGGUUGGACAAAGGGACCCCAAUCGAGAAGACCAUGGAAGCAAUGGUUGAGCUCAAGAAAGCAGGAAGAAUCAAACACAUCGGGUUGAGUGAGUGCAGUGCGGAAUCCUUGCGGCGUGCUCAUGCCGUGCACCCGGUCACAUGCGUCCAAGUUGAGUACAGCCUGUUCUGUAAAGACAUCGAGUCUCCGCAGACGCAGCUUUUGGAUGUUGCCCGCGAGCUGGGUGUUGGAAUCGUCGCGUAUAGCCCCCUUGGAAACGGACUGUUGGGUGGUGUCAUUCGAUCACGAGAGGAUGUCACUAAGCCCGGCGACUCUAGAGGGGCUUUACCUUGGCUAGGCGAUGAGAACGUUCACCAGAAUCUCACAAUUAUCGACAAAAUCUCACAGUUCGCGAAGUCGAUGAAUCUGACACCAGCGCAAUUGGCUCUUGCGUGGCUUCUUACGCAGGGUGACGACAUAUUCCCCAUCCCCGGGACCUCGAAUAUCAAUCGCUUAGAGGAGAAUCUGGGUACUUUCUCUGUCUCUUUGACUCAAGAUGAUGAACGGGAAUUGCGUCAGGCGUCAGAGGGAAUUGUGGGGGGAAGAUUCCAAGCCAGAACUGGAUAUGAUUUUGCGAAUACGCCCACAUUGGAUUCGUAA